GAGAGAGAGAGAGAGAGAGAGAGAGAAAAAGCAGGCGGGAUGUGCUGUGUGUGUAUGAGUGAGUGAGAGAGUUUGUAACGAACCCCGCGACAAUAAUAAAGGAAAACACAUCUUAAGUGAUAAAAAGCAGGAAACACUUUAACGGAAACUAACUUUUUUUCUCCGUCGCAACUUGAUGUGCAUGGUCUCCGCUCGUUUGUAAACGACGUGGCCGCAAAAAAGGACGAUUCGUCAGGCUUUGAAUAUAAAGGGGAUUCCCUGGCCUGGAGAAAAGAAGAGUUAAUACACGAAGCCGAGAAUGGCGGCCAACAUGUACAGGGUCGGGGAUUAUGUAUACUUUGAAAACUCAUCUAGUAAUCCCUACUUGAUUCGCCGGAUAGAAGAACUGAAUAAAACAGCCAAUGGUAACGUAGAAGCAAAAGUUGUUUGUCUGUUCAGAAGAAGAGAUAUUUCCAGCAACUUGAAUGGCCUUGCGGACAGCAAUGCACGAGAAUUUGAGGAAGAGUCAAAGCAGCCAACAUUGUCAGAACAGCAGAGACACCAGCUGAAACACCGUGAACUUUUUCUGUCCAGGCAAUUUGAAUCUCUACCUGCGACACACAUACGAGGCAAAUGUAAUGUUACGCUGUUGAAUGAAACCGACAUUCUUGUGGGAUAUUUAGAAAAGGAGGACUGCUUUUUUUACUCCCUUGUGUUUGACCCAGUACAGAAGACAUUGCUUGCAGAUCAGGGUGAAAUUAGAGUUGGUUCAAAAUACCAAGCUGAUAUUCCUGACAAGCUGGCCGAUGUAAAACUGGAUGAACGGAAUCAGCAGAAACUGGAAACAAAAGUAUGGGAUCCAGACAACCCUCUCUCAGACCGGCAGAUAGACCAAUUUCUUGUGGUUGCAAGAGCAGUAGGUACUUUUGCUCGUGCUCUUGAUUGCAGCAGUUCCAUUCGACAACCCAGCCUACAUAUGAGUGCUGCCGCCGCCUCCCGUGAUAUCACAUUGUUUCAUGCGAUGGAUACCCUUCAGAAAAAUGGCUAUGAUCUAGCAAAAGCUAUGACAACCUUAGUACCGCAAGGUGGACCUGUUCUGUGUCGUGAUGAAAUGGAAGAAUGGUCUGCCUCGGAGGCCAUGUUAUUUGAAGAGGCUCUAGAAAAGUAUGGCAAGGAUUUCAAUGAUAUCAGACAAGACUUUCUUCCUUGGAAGUCUUUGGCCAGCAUUGUACAGUUUUACUACAUGUGGAAGACUACUGACCGCUACAUUCAGCAGAAACGACUAAAAGCAGCUGAAGCAGACAGCAAACUGAAGCAGGUCUACAUUCCAACAUACACAAAACCAAACCCAAAUCAGAUUGUGUCAAUGGGAUCUAAGCCUGGAGUAAAUGGUGCAGCUGGUUUUCAGAAAGGGCUCAACUGUGAGAGCUGUCAUACAUCACAGUCAGCGCAGUGGUAUGCUUGGGGACCUCCCAAUAUGCAGUGUAGGCUUUGUGCUUCCUGCUGGAUCUAUUGGAAGAAGUAUGGUGGCCUCAAGACACCUACACAACUUGAAGGUGCAACUCGAACAGGCAAUGAAGCUCCUCUGCGAGGUCACUUGACAAGGCAAGAAGUCCAGGGGCUUUCUCCCUUUGCCAGUAGUGCGGGACGCGCAAAGCUACUGGCCAAAAAUAGACAAACAUUCAUCUUACAAACCACAAAACUUACUCGUAUUGCUAGAAGAGUUUGUAGAGAUAUACUACAGCCACGACGUGCAGCACGAAGGCCCUACGCACCUAUCAACGCAAAUACCAUCAAGGCUGAAUGUGUGAUUAGGCUUCCAAAAGCAUCAAAAACACCACUUAAAAUCCAGCCUACAGCAAGACCAACUCUAUGCACCAUUGUAACGGAGUUAGCUGUACAGGCACCUCUGAAGCUGAAAGCACCUAGGGGAACUCCAACGCCAAUUAACCGUAACCAGCUAAACCAGAGUCGGGGCUCUGCCAAUCUUUUAGGGAAGCGACCAUUUGAAAAUGUGGGAGGUGGGCUCCAAUAUUCAGCCAAUGGCAGGCUGUUCACUUCUGGAAUGAGGACUACAUCACAAUCUGUAAUUAAAAGGCAAAAGGUGAACCCAAGUGACGCACCCAACCCCGUGGUCUUCGUUGCAACAAAAGAUACCAGAGCUCUUCGAAAAGCUCUUACCCAGGCAGAGAUGAGACGAGCUGCUCGCAAACCCCAUUUGCCUGUCCGAGUGAAGGUGCCCAUUCCUGUGCGGCCUCUAGCAGUGCCAACUUUGUCGACCAGUACAUUGGAGCCAAUUGUCCUUGAAGACUGAGCGAUGGCAGUAAAGUGUGAAAUAGCCUGGCCUGUCUUCAUCCACGGAGAACACGUGGGUGACUAAACUCUUGUGCAUUCUGGCCAGGCAUUUCUAGGGUGGAGUUAAAGUUUACUACCCCCCCCUCCCAAACCCCCACCCCCCCGACUGUUCACUUCCAUUUUAAGCGUUGUAGUCUUAUUUGUCUGACAUCUACAUCAAUGGUCAUGAUUAAAGAGAAGAGAAAAAUGUUGGAAUGCACUUUACUAGUGGACUUCUGUCAUAGGAAUAGAAAGGGGGUUGAUUCCUCAUGUUUUUAAAAUAUUUGGUUGUACACACAAGUAAAUAAUUUUAUAGAUUGUCAUCUUGAAUUAAGAUAAUGAGAAUUGAUUACUGCCAACUUAUAACUUUUUAAUCACCUGUGUGAUUUUCAACAUUAUUUCUUCUGUCAAAGCAAAUGAAGCACGUGGCAUACCUCCGAAGUACGAUAGUGAGAAGUGAUGCCACCGAAUCAAGUCGGGUUUAUUGUUGGGUUGCCAUUGAGAGUUCAUUGCCGCCAAUAGAAAUCUUUGCUGUUUUGCAUUUGACCCGUUUAGCAAUCCUGUUAGCUUUCUAGAAUCCCCGUAGCUAUUAGUCAAAAUGGCUGAUUUGAAAAACUGUACUACAUUUCUCUUAAUUUGUAACCAAAUUUGUCAUAAACUGUAUACUUACACAAGAGUGCCUUUAGUAAUAGUCUUGGGGUUCCUCUUCAUGACCUAAAACAUGUUUAUGCAGAAGUUGUAUCCUUAUUUUAGACAAAUGCUUCGUUUGUUCAUAUGCCCUGAAUCUUGUGACUGACCAUAUUGUUUCUCCUCUGAUGCCCAGAAAUCUGCACAAUUUAAGAAGCCGUAUACUACAUGUAAAUAUGAUGAACAUCAGUACGCUUACUCGAAAGAAUCAUUCUUCCAACAUUCCAGUGUGGGUCAUUCUCCUUUAUCCCAAUGAAAACUGACUGCGGCCAUGUUACGUUGAGGAUAUUUUUGUUUUGUUUGCAUCUUAGUUAUAAUUGCUUGAAACAUGCACUUGCUCAUUUGAUUAUUGUUUUGUUUCUUUCCCCAGCACUGCGGUGUACGUUAAGUACAAAGCAGUAAAGGCACCGUCUGGCUGACCAAGCCGCGUGCCAAAUCCUCGAGUCUUCCUGUCCUGAUACGUCUUCAAUAGGUAGUCCCCACGAAUACACACCGUGACACGGACAGUCGUGUCCAUUCCUGGGUUCCAUUGUUGCCAGUACUGAAGGAUGGCAAUCUAAUCUUACGUGGGUGGAAACCCGCUGGAGUUCUAAAAAAGCCAAGCACACCCAAAAAGAUGGUACAUUGACGAUUCACAUAUUCUUAUGCUGCUCCACUAUACUGGAAAGCUGUUUUAGUUGCUAAUUUUCAAAUCAGUUUCUGUUCAUUCUACUUGUCUUUUUAUUAUUAAAAUAGUAAUUCAUUUAUAAUGAUGCUCUUCAAAUUGGAUUCCCACCCUCUCCCAAAAUUGCUGAAUAUGAAAAAAAGUGUUUUCCUUUGGGUUAAUAUUGAAAGAAAUUAAACAUGAACGUGUAUCACUUUGAUAAAACUUGUAUGAAAAAUUGACAAUCAGUCCUUUCUUUUUUUUUCUUUUGUAUACUAGAUUACAUAUUCUCCUUUGUUCAAGAUACAAAGCCUUAUCAACUAUGCUAUCACUGUCAUUGCAUUUGGAGCGCUCGAAAGGUCAUCAGAAUUUCAAAAUCACCUUCAAAUACAUAAAAUGCGGUCUUUAUUGAAAUGUAAUUUGAACACGUCCAAGCUAUUUAAAGACCUUUCUCCACCUUGGAAUGCAGCAUUGCAAAUCCUAUAUAGCCGCCCCCCCCGACCCCCAUCUGAAACACAAGGACAAGCCAUCUUUUAGGUACCACAAUGCAUUUUGAAUGUGUACGUUGAAUAUUUAAUAUUUAUGUAAACUAAAGAAAUGUACCAUUUGAAACUGAGGAUGAUAACUACUUAGCCAUCUUGACCAGCUAGUCUGAAAUAAAAUGUGUCAAAGGGUGGGUUGUAUUUUAGGGAGGGCUGCAGUUCUUCGCAAGUUCCUUGGGUGCUUCUGGCUACUCCAUGCUGUGCGCUGCUUUCUUAAUAAUUUUGAGGUUGAAGUGCAGGAAACGCCCAAGAGGCCAUGCAAAUGUCUGGGGAAAAAAAAAAAAAACGAACAAGAAUUACA